CUGAGCCAGAGCCGGGCAAUCUAAACUAUAUUUCCCAGAGGGCACUGCGGCCGGGAGCCGAACUUUUUCUUACUGUCACCGCGCGCCCUCCUAGACUCGAUUCCGAGCUAGAGGUGACCUGACUUCCAGAGGCUCGUUCUGCAGGUGCAGAGAUUUUCCGUGCGGUCCCAGUCAUGUCUGAGCCAAUCAGAGUCCUUGUGACUGGAGCAGCUGGUCAAAUUGCAUAUUCGCUGUUGUACAGCAUUGGGAAUGGAUCUGUCUUUGGUAAAGACCAGCCCAUAGUUCUUGUGCUGUUAGAUAUCACUCCCAUGAUGGGUGUUCUGGAUGGCGUCCUAAUGGAACUGCAAGACUGUGCCCUCCCCCUCCUGAAAGAUGUUAUUGCAACAGAUAAAGAAGAAGUUGCCUUCAAAGACCUGGAUGUGGCUGUUCUUGUGGGCUCCAUGCCAAGAAGGGAAGGCAUGGAGAGAAAAGAUUUACUGAAAGCAAAUGUAAAAAUCUUCAAAAGCCAGGGUGCAGCAUUGGAUAAAUAUGCCAAAAAGUCAGUUAAGGUCAUUGUUGUGGGAAAUCCAGCAAAUACCAACUGCCUGACUGCUUCUAAGUCAGCUCCAUCCAUCCCGAAGGAGAACUUCAGUUGUCUAACUCGUUUGGAUCAUAACAGAGCUAAAUCACAAAUUGCUCUUAAACUUGGUGUGACUGCUGAUGAUGUGAAGAAUGUCAUCAUCUGGGGAAACCAUUCCUCGACUCAAUAUCCAGAUGUCAACCAUGCCAAAGUGAAACUGCAUGGAAAGGAAGUUGGUGUUUAUGAAGCUCUGAAAGAUGACAGUUGGCUCAAGGGAGACUUCAUCACGACUGUGCAGCAGCGUGGUGCAGCUGUCAUCAAAGCUCGGAAACUCUCCAGUGCAAUGUCUGCUGCAAAAGCCAUCGCAGACCACAUCAGAGACAUCUGGUUUGGAACCCCAGAGGGAGAGUUUGUAUCCAUGGGUGUUAUCUCUGAUGGCAACUCCUAUGGUAUUCCUGAUGAUCUGCUCUAUUCAUUCCCUGUUGUAAUCAAGAAUAAGACCUGGAAGUUUGUUGAAGGUCUCCCUAUUAAUGAUUUCUCACGUGAGAAGAUGGAUAUUACUGCAAAGGAACUGGCGGAAGAAAAAGAAACUGCUUUUGAAUUUCUUUCCUCAGCAUGACUAGGCAAUCAUUUCGAUGUUACUAAAUGCCCCAAAGCUGAGGAAUCUAAAUGUCGUCUUUGACUGUAGUACUAAAUGAUGUAAUACUUAAAGUUACUUGUGAAAAGCAACAUAUUUUAAAGAUUGUGUGCUGCUUUAUACAUUUGUAAGUCUAUCAUCAUGCUGUUAGUGCUACGUUCUAAAUAAAAUAUAUUAAAGUGAAA